AAAAUAUCGAUUUACGGCAAGAAAAAGCAAAGGACUGUAAACGGGGAGGCCCUCUCACGCAAUGUGUGCAAUUAUAUGAAAACGUGCCUGUCUAGUAUAGUGUGAAUACAUAUGCAGAUAUUUAUUUCUCACUAGCAAAUCGUUGAUUUCAUGAAAUUGGAACCGGCGAGGGAGGACACGCCAAGAGGAGAGAGAGAAGAUGCUGUGAUACGCUUAGCCUACUGGCAGGGCUAGAGCGAGAGGGAGGGGGAGGGUGAUACGGUAAAGAUGGUUGUUUUGCAAGGGACGCAUCUUUCCUCUAAAAAAAUCGCAACGAUGUGGCUGUUGGACGAAACAUAUCAUUUCGCGUUACAAAGAAACUUCAAAAUGAUCCGAUUUUGACAGACGCUUAAAAGACGUGGAUAAACGUAGGCUAGGCUAACCACAGUGUAUGGACGCACUUGUGUGGCUAAUAACUCGAAGAUAACAUGCGGCUCCACCUGUGAUAUAGGCCUGCCACAGUGAAUACCAUUUACAUCUGUCUGCAUUGAACCAUAAGGACGUUUUUGUGUUGCGAUACGUUGUUUGAAUGAAUUGAUGUAGCAUCCCAAUGAUAGUAACCUGUUUGUGAUCAGGUUGCAGAUAGAAAAAGAAUGGUGCAGUCAAAACUAAUGUUGAUAAAUAUCUAUUGACGGUUGGUGCUGUCACACAGAUAAGAUAUUGGUACUGAUCUCUGUUGAUUGACCAAUGUAUCAAAAGCAAAGCUAUUUCAAAUCUGAGAACUGUGACACAUAGGCCUACCAUGUUAUCAAUCUUGUCAUACUUGUUAUCAUGAUAGUUGUCGCUAUUUCGAGUUUAGGCUAGUGCAUACAUAACAUGAUAUGUGUGUCAUAGCAAUCCAUUUACUCAGCUGUUGCCUACCUGUGAUAGUUUCAGUUUCAGUAUAAUACUUGUCUAUAUCGAAUGAAAGAAAAAAUACAUGAGUCCAGAACCACCUACCCAGAAAGAAGUAAAACCACAAUUCUUAAUUCAGGACUUGUCCGGUCUUUAGCUCUGAAUAUAGACCUAUAUUCAACUUCAGUCUAUCUCAAAGCAGCGUUGCAAUAUUUUUUUCCUAACCAUUACCAUUGUUAUCCAGGCUUCCUUUUUUUAUUUAUUCGGGGGCGACAAUUCAUGAAAUCCUCCUAACUAUAGAGCUAGUUCUCACCAUUAGCCGUUGUAAGUCGUAGCCAAUAGUUAGAGCAGUAUGAGUAAGGAACUGUCACUAAGUCAGUCAGCUCAAUAUGUUGGGCCAUAUCGACUGGAAAAAACACUGGGGAAGGGCCAGACAGGCCUGGUGAAGCUUGGAGUUCACUGCAUUACGGGACAGAAGAUAGCCAUCAAAAUAGUCAACAGGGAGAAACUGUCCGAGUCGGUUCUGAUGAAGGUGGAGAGGGAGAUUGCCAUCCUGAAGCUAAUUGAGCAUCCGCAUGUGUUGAAGCUGCAUGACGUUUACGAGAAUAACAAAUACCUGUACCUGGUGUUGGAGCAUGUGUCAGGUGGGGAGUUAUUUGACUAUCUGGUGAAGAAGGGCAGACUGACACCUAAAGAGGCCAGGAAGUUCUUCCGACAAAUCAUAUCGGCCUUGGACUUCUGUCACAGUCACUCUAUCUGUCACAGAGACCUGAAGCCGGAGAAUCUGCUCCUGGAUGAGAAGAACAACAUCCGCAUCGCAGACUUCGGCAUGGCCUCCCUACAGGUGGGGGACAGCCUGCUGGAGACCAGCUGUGGAUCUCCACACUAUGCCUGUCCAGAAGUGAUCCGGGGAGAGAAGUAUGAUGGUCGCCGGGCAGAUGUGUGGAGCUGCGGAGUCAUCCUCUUUGCUCUGCUGGUGGGGGCCCUACCAUUUGACCAUGACAACCUGCGUCAGCUCCUUGAGAAGGUGAAGAGUGGGGUGUUCCACAUGCCCCACUUCAUCCCCCCGGACUGCCAGGCCCUGCUCAAAGGCAUGAUUGAGGUCGACCCCGACAAGAGGCUCACGCUAGAGGCCAUCCAGAAGCACACCUGGUAUCAGUCGGGUCGUAACGAGCCUUGUCCUGAGCAGCCCGCUCCCAGGCGGGUGUGUGUGGGGCGUAUCCUGUCGCUGACCGAAUUGGACCCGGACGUGCUGGACAGCAUGCACUCUCUGGGCUGCUUCAGAGACCGCGGGAAACUCACCCGUGACCUGCAGUGUGAAGAAGACAACCAGGAGAAGAUGAUCUAUUAUCUCCUGUUGGACAGGAAAGAGCGUUACCCCAGUUACGAGGAUGAGGAUUUGCCGCCCCGAAAUGACGUAGCGGACCCCCCUCGUAAGCGCGUGGACUCUCCCAUGCUGACGCGUCAUGGCCGCUGCCGCCCGGAGAGGAAGAGCCUAGAGGUGUUGAGUGUGACCGAGCAGGGGUCUCCCACCCCGACCCGCAGGGCCCUAGACACGGCCGCACACAGCCAGAGGUCUCGAUCGGUCAGUGGGGCGUCCACCGGCCUCUCCUCCAGCCCUCUCAGCAGUCCCAGGUCCUAUCAGAGCCCUGUCUUCACGUUCAGCCAAUCAGACGUCACUUCCACCACCGCUCACACUAAGGACCCAUCCAAACCAGGAAGUGCUACCACGCCUCGGUCGGCCCGAGCCCACGACAAACCCAAAGCGGCCCAGAACCCCAAAACCCAGACCCUGCCCACCACCACCAAGGGUGGUCCCGCCACCAAUCGGCCCCACCUCCAGCCCAUCAAGUCUCUUCCCAUCCACAAAUCACCCUCCCGCUCGCCCUCUCCCCUCCUCUCACCCAUCCCCCGCUUCUUCUUCUUCCCCUCGCCCUCCGUGCUCAAGUCGGUCACUAAGAGCUUCUACCCCAACUCUACCCACUCUGUGUCGCAGGUCACCCCCCAGGGCUCGCCGCUGCCCACCCCCAUGGGCACCCCCGUCCACCACCCUCACCACCCCUCCUCCUCCACCCCUCCCUCCAACUCCUCCUCGUCCUCCUCCUCACGGGCGGAGGGAGGCGGAGGGGUGGGCUCCCUGUCCCUGACUCCGCCCUCCAGCCCCGGAGGGAGUGGCGGCAUGGCGGCUAGCAGCUCUGCCCACUGGAGGACCCGUCUUAACUCGUUCAAGAACAACUUGCUGGGCUCACCCCGCUUCCACCGCCGUAAGAUGCAAGUACCCACAUUAGAGGACAUGUCCAGCCUGACCCCAGAGUCCAGCCCUGAGCUGGCUAAGAAGUCGUGGUUUGGGAACUUCAUCAGCCUGGAGAAGGAGGAGCAGAUCUUCGUGGUGAUCAGAGACAAGCCGCUGAGCUCUGUCAAGGCAGACAUCGUCCACGCCUUCCUGUCUAUCCCCUCCCUCAGCCACAGCGUCAUCUCCCAGACCAGCUUCAGGGCCGAGUAUAAGACCUCUGGCGGCCCCUCCGUCUUCCAGAAGCCUGUGAAGUUCCAGGUGGACAUUGCCUUCUCCGAGGGAGAGAGGGAGCGGGAGAGGGAGAAAGCCGAGCGGGAGGGCAAGAGAGAGGCGGGCAUCUACAGCGUGACGUUCAGCCUCAUAUCAGGUCCUAGUCGCAGGUUCAAACGAGUGGUGGAGACCAUUCAGGCCCAGCUUCUCAGCUCCCAUGAUCAGCCCAUGGGGGUCUCUGACCCCUUCCCAGACGAGAAGAACAGUCGGCCCCACGGUACCCCCACCCGCCAGAACUCCCGGCGCUCCGAGGGCGGGGGCGACCGGUGCGAAUGGGGCGAGCGAGGGGACGGAGGAGGUAUCGGAGGCGGCAUCGGAGGCAGUGGGGGGGUCCUGCAACGCCGAGGCUCCGGGAAGGAGAGGACCCGACUACUGUCCUCCAAUGGAACACAGUCCCAACCCUAAAUCAGAGAGAGAGAGAGAGAGAGACCAGUCGGGUAGCAGGUGUCCAGACUCCAUUGGUGAAAAAAAACAAGACAAAUUGUCAUCAGACGAAACCCAAACCCUUCACAAACCAUGAGGUAUACAGUAUCUCCCAUUCAACCCCCAGAAGAUGUCUCAACAAGAUGCUUUAAGCCUGAACACAAGCUGAUCUUUUUUUCUGCUUUUCACCUGUGUUAAAAUAUACAUUCAUGUUGAUUCACUGAAUCAAGCAGGGAUCCCAUUCAAACCAGUAAUAAAACAAAAACAUUUUUUCCAGAGGGGAUACAAUAGAUGAACCAGACACAGCACAGGUCAAACUAGGAACUUUGAAGAAGCGCUAAUUUGCAUGCCAAUUAGCCAGUCAUUACGAUAAAGGGUGUUUGAUUUGGAUUAUAAGAUCUGCUAGCAUACCAUUCCUUUGCAAUAACUCAAGCAAAAAGUUAAGAACGGGUUUCAACAAUGGUGUGAUGGUUCUCAAGAAUACACAACGCCCCCUUCCCGUACCUCUACCCCACAGCAGCAUAACUGAAAAGGGAUACCCGAUGAAUACCUUGACGUGCCCAACAUUGUACGUACAUUUACUCAAAAGACAAUGAAAGGUGAUGGAGACACGUAAGAGAACCCUCUUGCUUAUUAUCACAGACCACCCAUUCCAGAAGUUAGAACCCGGCUGCCAGUUCAAUGAAUGACUUUGGCGACAACACCUUCAAAUCAUGUUUUAAAAGGGAGAAAUGAGGUCCUUUAAAAAAAAAAUUUAAAAAGGCAUUUUCAACAUCCUCUUCUUUUGCGGUAAAGAAAUGCAAAUUAAGCUAACUAAGUGAAUGUGAAAAAUAUUUUUUUAUUUAGGUUUAGUUAAGAUGAUGUAGUUAUUGAUUUUGAGGUUGGCGCUAUCAGCGGAGAUACAGGAGAGGAACGACAACAGGAAGAUUUGACACCCUCGACAUAUCUGCUCCAGUAUCUGAAUGUGGAACCCACGCCGAUGGGGAUUUGAACGGAAGUCGGAACGAAGUCACCAUUGAUGUAUUAGAAAACAUUUUUUUGUUGUAUUUUCUUUUUUAACUCAGAGACAAAUACAAUGUAACCAGGAUGUAAGCGUCGUCGGGAAACCUUUGCUCUGGAGAAAAAUAUUUUUGAUUUGAAGAGAAAUAUGAACAUAUAUUGAAGAAGAAAAAAAACAUCGGCAAAUAGUUACAUGGGUUGGACUUCCACGAUCUGUCCCUGACUCAAUGAGGAGAGAAUUCCAGACCUAUGGAUUGGACAAACUCCAUCUGAGCUUGUCUCAUAUCACCACCCUAUUCACAUAUUGACUCCAAACAUAGAUUUCAACACGCACUGAUCGAUGGACAUUCUCGUGAAGCUGUACUCAAAAUGCUGACGUAUUACUCCUUGUUAUCGAAAGACUUCAACAACAAAAAAAAAAAGGCAAACAAAUGAUAGGCCCUUCUGCCAUCACCAAUGAGCCAAGUGAUCCAUCCUCUGCACCCGCGGCGUCACCUUAUAUCACCGCUCUACAAGCAGACGUAGCUGUUUUGACGAUCAUGUAUUACAACAGUAUUAUGUGAUAGAAACUAGACACAUUACCAGCCAGUCUUCCUUACUGCACAAUAUGCAACAGAUGCAGAACGUUUUGAGAUUUUCCAUUUCCUUGUUUAUGUAUUUCCGUAUUUAUUUACUUAUUUAUUUACUGUUCAUGUAUUUAUUGAUAUAUUAUUUAUUUAUGUGGGAAAUGUAUCUUGCACCAACAGAAAUAUAUCAGGAGCUAGGGAUAUCAUGUUUUUCUUGUCAACAUAAUUUUUUUCUUUGAUUUCUUUCUCGUUCCCAGGACACUCCUUUUGUUUUUGGAUCAUGAACUUAACAACAUUUACAUUCCUUCCCAGCAUUCUGUCUAAAUGUUAGUGUUUUAGUUUCUAUUGUAUGAAUUUGUUUAUAUAUUUUAUGUUCUGUUCGGGGUCGAAUUCACUGGGAACGAAACGGAAGCAAACGGACUGAGACAGGGAGGGACUACAUGAAGUUGUCCAAUGAGAUACACUGUUUUUUUGUUUGCAACGUGUUUCGCUACGGUGGGCACUAAUGAAUACGACCCAGUUCUGAUUAUUGGAUUGUAAAGAGUUGAGUCAAUGACUGAGUCAUGGGUUUAUAUUUCAGAUCUGUUGCACCACCUGUGACCAGGUUACAGGCAAAGGGGUGAGAGGGACUCUCUUUAAGCAUUCUGUAUAAAGUGACUGAGCCAGCAAUGAGCACAUUGCUCUAGCAAGCUAAACUGUCCACAUUCAUUGGCAGACACGAGCAAACCACCAUCGUACACCUUUCCUCCGACAACAUCAAACGCUCAUACUGCUCCCAUGUCUUUCUUUAUGCUUUUCCCCUUGACCUGAUGCGUCUGUCAUCACCAGUUCCAGCCAUCGUUGUGCGGACCACUUGACUUCGAGAGAGACCACGCUGUACACGUGGGGGGCGUCACUGUCGCUAUUCACCUUUAUGAUUGUUCACUGUCAUUUUCAUCAUCAUCAUCACCAAGAUCAUUAUAUUCAUCAUCCUUACUCUAGCUAAGAUUGUAAACUAUUGUCCAUUCCUAAAGGUCAGUAGAAUAAGGUGUUAAAAAAGAAAUGUCUGUAUCAUAAUUUAAAUAUAAAAGUGCACUAUUAUAACUAUUGCCUGUGAUGAAAAAAAAACAUGAAACAAUUAUGGUUGAAUUGAUGGUCAAAAUAAAGAGACAUCCACCUUAUUGUUAUGAUUAUAAUAAUAAACUCUAAA